AUGGCCGCAGCCACUCUCCGAGCAACGGCUCUCGCAGCCAUCCUGGCUGUGUUCGCAGACCAGACCAUCGCGGCAGCCGUACCGUCAACAUGCUGCCCCCGUUUUGCGUGGGAGGAUGCCCAGCUGACCGAGGCCGACAUUGCCCAAAGCGAUGCCUCGCUGUUCGGGUUCGAUAGUGACACCACCAGCUCCAAGGGCAGCACUGCAACCUGCAAGCUGCUCCCCGGCGAUACCGCAUGGCCAUCCCAGACAGUCUGGGACCGCUUCAACGCGACCCUCGGCGGAGCCCUCAUCAAGACGGUGCCCCUCGCAGCGCCAUGCUAUAGCAACUGGCAUCAGUACAACGCGGAAGCGUGCCAGCACGUGAGGGAGAACUGGGGCGACCCGCAUCUCCACGUCAACGACCCGGCGUCCGCCAUGUUCCCUCUUUACCAGGGCCGGACGUGCAUGCCGACCGAGGACCCGAACAGUAGCAACUGCACGCUGGGCGGUUACGCGGCCUAUUCGGUGGCCGCCACCAAGGUGUCGCAUAUCCAGCUUGCUCUCAACUUUGCUCGCAACGCCAACCUUCGGUUGGUCGUGAAGAACACGGGCCAUGACUUUGCCGACAAGUCGAUUGGUGCUGGCGCCCUGUCAAUCUGGACGCACAAGCUCAAGGACAUUCAGUUUCUGGCCAACUACAACUGCAGGGGAUAUAAAGGGCCUGCUUUCAAGCUGGGCAGUGGUGUUGAGACUGAGGAGGUGUACAGAGCUGCUGAGCAGAACAAUGUCACCGUCGUUGGUGGAGAAUGCCGGACUGUAGGCAUUGCUGGCGGAUAUAUUGCUGGCGGUGGCCACUCUCCCAUGUCCUCCCUCGUUGGCAUGGGAGCGGAUCAGGUUUUGUCGAUGGAGGUGGUGCUGCCCAACGGGCGAUUUGUCACUGCCAGUCAGGACUCGUAUCCUGAUCUGUAUUGGGCUCUUCGCGGUGGCGGUGGCAGCACGUACGGCGUGGUGACUUCGGUGACCGUCCGGGCUUACCCUAAAAUGCCUCACACAACCAUGACCUACGCCUACACCACGGGUCCCAACGUCACUGCUGACACCUUCUUUGCCUCGCUUGGAGCUUACAUGAGCUACUUCAACGCCUUCACCAACGCCGGAGCGCACGGUUACUUCCUGGUCGUCUCGAUUGGCCCGGGCCAGUACCUCUUCAGCAUGAUGCCCAUGUGGGGACCCAACAUGACGAAGCCGCAGUUCACCUCCCUCGUGACGCCCUUCCUCAACGACCUUUCAGACCUGGGCAUCUCCGUCACGCCCGUCAUCACCGAGUACUCGAGCUUCUACCAGGCAUACACGAGCACCUUUGGGCCCGAACAAGUCGGCGGCACCGACAACCACGCGGCCUCGCGGCUCUUCCCCCGGGAGAACUUCCUUCCCGCCAAGCGCAACGAGACCCUCGCCGCGGUCCGUUAUGCCGUCGAAGCGGGCGGCGUGAUCGUCGGUUACAACAUCCGGUCGGCGCCCAACGCAGCCGCCAACCAAAACAACAGCGUCAACCCGGCCUGGCGCAAGGCGGCGGGCUUCUUCAUCCUGGCCGCGGCAUGGCCGGCCAACGCGACCGACGCGCAAAUUCAGCAGGCCAGCGAGACGCUGACCAACGACUGGAUGGCGCGGUGGAGGGCCGUGUCGCCCGGCGCGGGCGCGUACAUGUCUGAGGGAGACAUCAACGAGCCGGAUUUCCAGCAGGCGUUUUAUGGCGAGCAUUACCCCCGGCUGUAUGCACUCAAGAAAAAGUAUGAUCCGACGGGGUUGUUUUAUGCGCCGACAGCGGUCGGGUCCGAGGAUUGGGUGGUUAGGGAUCAGCUGGAGUGGAUUCCGACGCAAAAUGGGCGGCUGUGUUGGAAGUCGUGA